AUGUGCGAGUUGUCCACAGCAUCGAUUAGCGAGCAGCUUUUAGUGCAAUAUUUUUAUGAAGGUCUGAUGCCACAAGAUCGAGGUAUGAUUGAUGCCGUGAGUGGAGGUGCAUUGGUUGAUAAAACUCCUGAGCAAGCCCGAAAUUUGAUCGCUAAUAUGGCACAAAAUACACAGCAAUUCGAUCUUAGGAGGUCCGACUUGGGAUUUGAGCAGCAAAAUUCCCGACCAUAUAAUAUGUCACAACCAACCCAUCAAAACCUGAGUGCCGAAGCCAAGACCCAUACCAUGCUUGAACAAAUGAUGAAGAUGAUGGCUAACCAGAAGAAGGAAAUCGAUGGAAGGCUUCAGUCUUUGGAAUCGACAGUGACGCAGUUGCAAACCAGAACCUCGUCGACCAACGUAAAUCUUGAGAACUUGCAAGCACAGGUAAAUAAUCUGUUACCAUCACAGCCCGUGGCAAAUCCGAGGGAUAAUGUCAGUGCUAUAACCUUGCGAAGUGGGAAGGAGUUGAGAUCGAUAUUAAAAAAGGUCCAAAAUAGCGACGAGGAAGACGACAUUGAGGGAAAAAAGGUCCGAUUUAGUAAUAUUGAAGAGGAAAAUUUAGCCUUGCCAAAGGCUGAUUUACAACCGUCGCAAGCAGCACCAAAGGAAGCAUGGAAAUCACGUUUACAACAGCCCACUACUUCGCACGAUGCACCAUUUCCACAGCGUUUGAGGAAGGAAAAGUCAGACGACGUCAAUGCCGAAAUUCUAGAGACUUUCCGUAAGGUACAAGUUAAUAUUCCAUUGAUUGAUGCAAUAAAACAAGUGCCUAGAUAUGCUAAGUAUUUGAAAGAAUUAUGCACAUCUAAAAGGAAAUUAAUUGGAAAUGAAAAAAUUAGCUUAGGCGAAAAUGUCUCUGCGGUAUUUCAAAAGAAACUCCCAACUAAAUGCAAAGAUCCGGGAAUGUUUUCGAUACCUUGUAAGAUAGGAGACCUUAAACUUGAUAGAGCCAUGCUUGAUUUGGGAGCUUCUAUAAAUGUCAUGCCUAGGAGUAUCUACGAUAGGGUUCAAUUAGGUGCAUUGAAAGACACAGGACUGAUAAUUCAACUAGCAGAUAGGAGUAAUGCCUACCCUGAUGGUGUUUUAGAAGAUGUUCUAGUGCAAAUAAAUGAGUUAGUCUUUCCGGCUGAUUUUUAUGUUUUAGACAUGUGA